GUGCGGAACCGAUGUAUGUUUCAUGAGCUGACCCGGACGUCAAACAGCAGUACACCCUGGCUCGGCGCUAGCAACAUGGCGUUUGGUCAUUUCAGCAAAAUGAACAUACUUUUAAAUUGCUGCAGAUUGCGGCAUUAUCAAGCAUGUUUGCUUCCAUUUCGGGAAGCUUCUAAUGUCCGUGGUCCUUCAUUAGAUGAAUGCAGUGACGUGGAGGUCGGUUUGACUUCAGAUGGAAACACGGUGGUGUGUUACCAUCCAGCUGUGGACUUUCCCUAUGAGCUCACCCAGCCUAUCAAAAGGCCGGACCCGGUUCGCGACGUGCCUGAAAACCACGAACAGGUUCUGAAGGCCCACCUUAGCAAGGAGGUGCUGAGGGGCAACAAGGGUCCCUCCAUAGAGGAGCUGAGCAAGAUGUUUUACACCACCAAACACCGCUGGUAUCCAGUAGGACAGUAUCACAUGAGGCGCAUAAAGAAGGAUACCCCAAAAGACAGAUAACUGUAUAAUGAAUUUGAAUGACUAUCUUCUGACCAUGCUUUGUGUAAUAAACUCUCAACUUUG